AUGUACUCAUUUUCCGAGCUCAUGAGAUUGGAAUAUAUAAUUGAUCAGAUUAUCCCCCAACCUCCUGUCGAUCUUCCCAUCUUGAAAUAUAUCCAAGAGCUAGUUUCGGUAGGCGAAGAUUCCUCGAUGCACGAAAAUGAUAUAAUUCAAGGGCUAACGUGGAACAAUGGAUUUAGGUACACAAUGAAGUACUUCACUACUUUGGCCCUCACCCUCGCCUCCGUGGCCACUGCCGACUGGGCCCUCUACUGCGGCGAUUCCUGCACUGAUGGUACCCUCGUCGCGUCCGGCUCAGAAGCCGAAUUAUCAUGCACAAGCCUGGGUGGUACAUACGAUUACUGCUACAUUCUGGCGGACUCCAUCUACUAUGUAGAUUGGUGGAAGGCAAUCUUCACGGAGAACAUUGACUGCAUCAUCUCUGGUGUUGCAGGAGGUCGCGAGAGUAAGGGGCUGUACAAUGGCUCAUGUACCGAGGCUGGGUCCUGGAAGAGUUACGAAGUGGUCGUUAAUGCUUAG